AUGCGGACCCUUCGGUUUGGCAGCCCGGAAAAUUGUAAGACUCGAGAGGAAUCUUCGAGUUUAUGGGUGACACGUGACAGAUUACGGAGAUUGUCCGGUGCUGCAGUUGACAACGUCAUAUGGAGGAGUGCAGUGUAUACGUUAAAACAUUUGGCCGACUUCCGGUUCUGGGCGUUCUUCGACGGAUGUCGUGCGAUUACACGGACUUCAGCGAAAGAUUUGAAUAGGUAUCCAAGAGGCGAGCCGCGAGCGAUAAGAUAA